AUGUCCGCUGAGACAGUUCUCUAUGUUAUGCAGAAGCAACCAAGGUUUCAACCAGAGAACUUGGCUCACAACGGGAAGUUAUUUGACCGAGAGAAUGAAAUUGCGCAAAUACACCACCAGGGCGUCGAUGUCUGCCCGAUUCUCGACACAACCAAGAUCGAGAAUUUCAAGCAGAGCAUUGGAGCUUUGUCAGUGAAGCUUACACUGGAAGAGAUGGCCGAGCUCGAAUCAAUUGCUUCUACAGACAAUGUGAAGUGUGGCAGGCACCAUAGCAGCAUCUCGACAUGGGAAAACUCGGACACUCCACCCCUUUCCUCUUGGGAAGCUGCUUAG